UAAUUUGUCUUUGUCAUGGGUACCCUCUUCCAGGCACGUCCAAAAGGAAACCCAAAAGGUUUUGACAAGCCAAAAUGCAAGAUUUCGGCAUCUCGGAAACUCUCUCUCAAGAUGCUGCUCCUCAACAGAGCCAUGGAAGAGUUGGAGAAGGAGAAACAAGACAGGGAUGAAGAGAAAUCUCGCUACCUGGGAGAAAAAAUGGCUCCUCUACAACUAUCAGGGCUCAAACUGGAAGAUUUACAAAAACUGUGCAAACAGCUCUAUGAAAAGAUUGACAUUGUGGAUGAAGAGCGGUACGACUAUGAGGCUAAAGUGAUGAAGCAUAAUAAUGAUAUUCGUGAACUGAAGCUGAAAGUUGAGGAUCUGGGAGGUAAGUUUAAGAAGCCAGCUCUGAGAAAGGUACGCGUUUCUGCUGAUGAGAUGAUGCGAGCUCUACUGGGCUCCAAGCACAAGGGCUCCAUGGACUUGCGGGCCAACCUGAAGUCUGUCAAGAAGGAGGAUAUCAAACAAGAGAAGGUCCUGACUUCAGAGGUAGGUGACUGGCGUAAGAAUGUGGAGGCCAUGUCUGGUAUGGAAGGAAGGAAGAAGAUGUUUGAUGCUGCUGGUGGAGGCCAGUAAACUACAUCCAGAUGUAACCCUCUGGAGUCCUCUGGACAGAAGACUUAUAAGAUGGAGCAAAAGAAAAAAGUAACAGAACAAAGAAUGUUACAGUCUCUAGUUUUUAUUGAGCUUGGCUUAAUGAACAAAUUAUGGAAUAUUAUUGGCUUGAAGAUGACUUCACUUCACAGCUUUAAUUGCAUAUUUAUUAAAAAAUAAUAUGAAAUGUCCUGUUCUGAGUAACAUUAGGACCAUCUAAUCAACCUUAUAUACUGGAUGUAAGGUUAUAUCUUUAUUUCUUUAUUUAUUAAAACAGUUCAGAGAUAAUACAUAAUUUCCAUGGAUUCCAUGGUCCUAAGUGUAUUAUUACUGAAAUACAUCAUUGUAUAGAUGUAGCAGAGGUAAAGACACGAUGCCCAUGAAGGAUAUGUCUAUGUGCUGUGUGAAAGUCUUAAUUAAAGAUAUGAAGCAUGUAUAGAAUU